AUGGUUGAGGUGAUGAAGGUGCCCAGCUCCAACGGCUGUGCCGAGGGUGGUGGUGCGGGAAGCGAGGGGAAGGCGGAGGACGGGCAGCAGCAGGGGCAGGGGCUGGCUCUGGUGCUGGCCGCGCUCCGCAAGUCGGUGGUGCUACCGUGCCAGAUGGCGGACGCCGACGACCCAGCGGGCGCGGCCUGGGGGAUGGAGAUCGGCUGGCCCACCGACGUCCGCCACGUCGCGCACGUCACCUUCGACCGCCUCCACGGCUUCCUCGGCCUCCCCGUCGAGUUCGAGCUCGAGAUCCCCGGCCAGGUCCCCAGCGCCAGCGCCAGCGUGUUCGGGGUGUCGCCGGAGUCGAUGCAGUGUGGCUACGAUGACAAGGGGAACUCGGUGCCCAAGAUCCUUCUGCUCAUGCUAGAGAGGCUGUAUGCCCAGGAUGGACUCAAGGCAGAGGGGAUCUUCCGGAUCACCCCGGAGAACAGCCAGGAGGAGCAUGUCAGGGAGCAGCUCAACAGCGGCAUCGUGCCUGACGACAUCGACGUGCAUUGCCUUGCUAGUUUGAUCAAGGCCUGGUUCAGAGAACUCCCUGAGGGUGUGCUUGACAGGCUCUCACCUGAGCAAGUCCUUCACUGCAACACAGAGGAGCAAUGCAUUGAGCUCGUGAAGCUUCUUCCAGCAACCCAGGCUGCACUUCUUCAUUGGGUUGUUGAGCUCAUGGCUGAUGUUGUUGAGGAAGAGGAGUCAAAUAAGAUGGAUGCAAGAAAUGUUGCCAUGGUUUUUGCACCUAAUAUGACACAGAUGUCCGAUCCUCUGACAGCUCUGAUGCAUGCUGUUCAAGUCAUGAACUUGCUCAAAACCUUGAUUCUGAAAACACUUCGGGAACGUGAGGAUGAUGAUGCAGGAGCCUAUUCUUCAUUUUCAUCUUCGUCAUCUUUAUCUGAUGAACUUGAUGAGGAGGAUGGCCAUGACCAACAGGAUGAGGAAAAUGACAGUGGCAGUGAGCAUCUGAUUGGUGUGUCCAGGAGGCACACAUCAACCGAUUGUCAUUUGCCUUACGUUAGAUUCAGUAACGACAAUGAAGCCGUAUCACUGGAUGAUAUUGAGGAAUGCUUCUUAAGAAGGCUAGAAUGGAAAUCAGUGAGGGAAAGUGUUGAUGAAGGUGACAGUAGAAGUUCUCCCUCAGAGAAAGAGGCAGAGUGGCUUAGCUCCUCUGAGAACAUAACGGAAGGUAGUAACACAAUUGGCGAAGAAAGAGGCAGAACAAGCAAUGCCACUGAUGUAAGUAUCAAUGAGCUGAGGCAAACCGAAAUCAGAACUGAAAUGACGAGUGCAGAGGUAAGAAGUGCUGCAAAAGGGGAGCUUAUUCUUUGCUCGUAA